AUGUUGGAAGUUAUCUAAAGUUUAAAAAAAAUCAGCUUCAACGUUUUUCCAUAAGAAAAUUGAGCGAAAAUCGGCUUCUCAAUUUUUACAAUCAUUUAUUUUUGCAAGGCUCUUUUUUUUCGUUUGAAAUUUCGCUAUAUAAUGACUUUAAAUCAAUUUUAAAACGAUAAACGUGACUUUAAGCUGAGCCAAUAACUGAAUUUCCGUCUGAAAAAGGUUCAAAAUAAACUGAAAAUGGGCCUUUUCUCACGAAAAAUGGCUCAAAAUCAAGUUUUCUAGGAAAGUUCGAAAUUAAAAAUACAAUUCUCAGACCACGCCCGGAUCUACGACUACGUGGCGCAGCAUUUCAUCGCCACUCUCAUGUCUCCUUGCAUUUAUGACGUCACUACUAUUAGGUAGAGUUCUAGGGAACACUUUAGGGAUCAUAAUGGAGAUCGGGAAUUUGUCAAUAUUAAUAGGAACUAUCAGUGACGAAUUAGGACACAUAUAUGACGUCAUUGCUACUAGAUAGAGUUCUAGUGACCACUCUAGGGAUGAAAAUGGAGGUCAGAAAAUUUUUAAUGGUAAUUUGAGCUAUCGGCGACAAAUUCGAACGGAUAUAGGACGUCACAACCAUUAGGUAGAGUUCUAGGGGACACUUUAGGGAUGAAAAUGGAAGUCAGAAAAUUUUUAAUGGUAAUUUGAGCUAUCGGUGACAAAAUAAACGACUAUUAGGUUAGUUUUAGGGGAUACUUAAGGGAUAAAAGAACUUAGAAGUGAAUUUGUGUUUCAUUUGAACUAUCGGUGACAAAAUACGAUAGAUCUAUGACGUCACUACUAGAGUUCUCAAAAUGACCAAUUGAAAAAAAGGACAUUUUUCAAAAACGAAAAAUUUUCUUUUUGACAUUUCAAACGAAUUUCGUUUUUGAAAGAUCAACCAAAAUUGAUCACUUUCAUUCUUUUUCAUUUUGUGACUUUUCAAAUAAUGACUGAAAAAUAAAUGGUCAUUUUCUAAACAAUCAUAUUCUGACUAUUAAAUAAAUGUUCGUCCUAAUGACCAAAUUUUUUUGAAAGUGAAAAAGUAAAUGUUCAUUUUUUUGACCAAAAUUUCCGAAAUGAACUUUACAUGUUUACUUUUUGACCAAAAAUUUUUCAAAAAGUGAAAUUUAAAUGUUUACUUUUUCGUACAAAAAAAUUUUUUUUGUCAACUGUGAAAAAUUAAAUGUUCAUUUUUUGGCCGAUAAUUUUCGGAACCUGGAUUUUCCGAACCACAUCAAUACUUUUCCUUUUUCCUCAUUCAAUUAAAUCUCCAGAUAGCACCUUUCUUCCGGUCUGCUCAUUUUUGACCGGUUCCAUAUAAUUUUUCUCGGCCUUAACCGGCUUUUAGCUUUGCCCAGAUUUAUUAAUUUAUAACCAGAAAUUAGUUUGAAUUUCGAAGUAAUCAAUUCAUGAUUUCAUUUGGAGAAGACUGAGACAAAAUUGACUCCGACACAGAUACUGCCAAGUUCCGUAAUAGUAAUGAAUAAAGUAAUGAAUAAAUGUUUACCUUUUUUUGAAAAAAAUUUUUCAAAGUGAAAUUUGAAUGGUCACUAUUUUGACCAAAAAUUUUUUUGAAAUGAACUUUAAAUGUUUACUUUUCUGACCAAAAGUUUCAAAAAUGAAAUUUAAAUGUUCAUUUUUUUGACCAAAAUUUCCGAAAUGAAUUUUUAAAUGUUUACUUUUUUUGACCAAAAGUUUGAAAAAUGAAAUUUAAAUGUUCAUUUUUUUAACCAAAAAUUUUUUUCGAAAAAAAUAAGUAAUUGUUCAUUUUUAAAUGCUCAAUUAUGAAAUUUAACCAAAAAUGAAGUUUUUUUAACAAACGGUUCAAGUGAAAUUUAACUAAUUGGUCGAAUUCAUCAAACGUUCGGAAAAUGUUUGGUUGAACGUUCGUUCAAACAUUUACUUUUGAGAACUCUAGUCACUACCAUAAGGUAGAUUUCUAGGGAACACUUGAGGGAUGAAAAUACAGAUCAGCGAUUUUUCAAUGUUAAUUUGAGCUAUCCGUGAGCAAACACGAUAGAUUUAUGACGUCACUACUACUAGGUAGAGUUCUAGGGAACACUUGAGGGAUUUACAGGGAUUUUUCGAUGGAUGUCAUAGUCAGGUACACUGCUUUGAGAAAAAUGGGAAAUUUGUUAUUUUCACUUUUAGAAGUCUAAAUUAAUAAGAAAGCUUCACAAAAUACGUUUCUGGCAGUCAAUUUGAGUGCUACAAUCUUCAAAGCUUCCAUUUUGAUUUCCAAAAAUUCAGAAUCAAAUGCGGAGAGGAGGAGUUCUCGGUCCAGGGGAAGACGAUGCGAGAACCCGGUUUCACGGCGGUUCUAACUUGGAUGACGCCGGAAGAUGACGUCAAGGUGCCGACGUCGUUGACCAAGGGCGUUCAGAUCGUCUUGAAGUAUGACAGUAGCUUUUUAGGGGUUCUGCAGCUUUUUAUUAAAGCUGAAAGUCAAAUUUGUACUAAAAAAUGAGCUUCCUUGGCCUUUUUUAAUUGGAAACAUGGGAAAAUGCGUUUUUUUUUGAUGGUUGAGAUUUUUUGAACGGAUUUGACUGAAAUUUAAGACUUCUUGAGCCCGAAUUCCAAAAAAAAAAAUGAACCAACGGCGUUCAGAUCGACUUAAAGUACGAAAACUGAUUUUUUUGGGAUUCUGUAGCAAUUUUAAACGAGGAAAAAGUUAAUUUUUACCAAAAAAAGGGAUCAAUUGGCCUUUUUUUGACCAAAAAGAGGAAAAAUGAAGACAGAAGAAAGAUGACAGUGUGAGUUAUUGAUUGAAUUCGGAUGAAGUUUAUCUGAAGAAAUUUUUAAUUCCAAAUUCAAAAAAAGGAAUAUGGGCGUUCAAAUCGUUUUGAAAUACGAAAGUGGCUUUUUAAAUUCAAAAUUAAACGGGAAAAGUUGAUAGGACGGCGCGCAGUAAAAAUUUAGGGCCUUACUAGUUAGAAGCGGAUUUUGAAAAAGUCUAUGAAAAAGGUUUAGCAACAGUGAGAGUUCCUUUCUCCAGUCAAAAAAGAUCGAAAAACCUCUAUUUUUUGACACUGACACUUUGAAGGCAGCCUUUGAGUCUGAUCUCGACCGAAUCACUAUAAACUUGUCGAAAUUCUUAAUUUGGCCUUUUUUUGACCCUUCAAUAUGAAAAUUCUCCUCAUUAGGGACGCCGAACUGUCAGCGAGAGAAACGACGCCGCCGAGCUAUCUAACCGAGUCUGAACUGAUUUCCUUGAUGGAAAAACAUGGAAUCGGAACGGAUGCCUCGAUUCCGGUGCAUAUCAAUACAAUCACCCAGAGGAAUUACGUCACGGUACCUCGAAAAUCAAAGAAACUUUGAGGAGUUUGAAGAUUUUUAGGUUGAAAGCGGCCGGAGAUUGGUUCCGACCCGCCUUGGCCAGUGCUUGGUCAGAGGUUAUUGGAAGGUGUGGAAAUUUAUUUUGAGCCUCUGAAAGUCUUAUAAAAACCGUUCACUGCGCCAAUAACUGAAUUUUUUUUUUCUGAAAAGGUUCUAAAUGCACUGAAAAUGGACCUCUCCUCACGAAAAAUGGCUCAAAAUUUCCUAAUUGAAAGUUUCCGAGUGUCUGCGUCUCUCUGUUCCCUCACCCGGGAGAUAUGAAAAUAGCACGUCAACAUGAGAGAGUAACCGAGAGACGAGAAGGGCACAGAGAAGCUCUACGCUUUCGAGGCGCGAAAAACGGACUACCGGAAGUAUUUGCUUCAACAUGAAUUUUAAAAAAAUAAAAUACUCCUUUAGACUCCUAACGGCGGCCUGAAGAGACGCCAGAGAAGUAGGAGCGCUCUCGUUUCUCUGGCGUCUCUUCAGGCCACCUUGAACUCUCACCAUUCUUUUUUUAUGUCAUUUCUUUGAACUAAUUAAAAUCCUUCUCGAUUAGUAUUAGGGUGAAUUUUUAGGAGCACGAGGUGAAAUUGUGAAAUUAGCGAUGGGUUCUUUGAAUUUUUCUCUAGGUCGACCCUGAGCUUGUACUCCCCACAAUGAGAGCCGAAUUGGAGACCCAACUUAACUUGGUGGCCACUGGCCGGGCGGAUUAUAUCGCGGUGAACAUUAUAAAUUUUUCAAUCAUCAAAAUGACAAUUUCUAGGUCAAAAACCAUGCGUUGAAGAUGUUCGAGCUGAAAUUUCAGUACUUUGUGAAGAAUAUCCCGCUGGUCGACACGCUUUUUGAAGGUUUAUCCAGGGUUCGAUGAGAAAUAAGCACAUAAAACGUCGUUUUUAAUAUUUAGUUCAUUUUAGAAAAAGUAGAAUUUGGCAUAACAUUUAGAGGCUCAUUCAGGGAGAAAAACUGGGAAAAAAAUUGAAUUUAAGAAAAAAAUCGAAAUUUUCAAUUUAUUGAGAAGAAAGGUCUUAUUUUUUUCAGUGAUUUCUGUACUUUUUUUCAGUAGAUUUUAAGAAUAAUUUUUUUCACUAAAAAUUUUUUUUUUCGGAAAAACUAGGGUUAUUUUGAUCAGUUUUUAAUGAUUCAUUAGUCAAAAAAAUAUUUUUAAUAGAAGCGUUUUUUUAGUUGAUAAUGAGUGGAAGGUUGAAUUUUGAUGAAACUGAGAAGAUGACCUGCACAUCUUAGUAAUGCGCGGCAGUUUUAAAUUGUGUAGAUUUACGGGGUUAGAUCUAGAAACUAUAACAUUUACAGACAGUUCUAGGGGGUUUUUUUCAUUUUUUUAUACCUUUAGGGAUUUCCCAAGAUUUUUAAGAUUUUCAUCUUCUCCUUGGUAAAAAGUGUCAAAUUUUUGAAACACCUUGACUUUUGAACCUACAGAAAGUUUUUUAGAAAAUUGCUGACCCCUAGAAAAGUCUAUAAGUUUGAAGAUUUUUUUCAAGAAAUUUGAGCUUUUACUUGGAAAAAAAGUAUCAUAUUCUAACAUCAAGAUUUUCAAACCUACAGAAAGUUUUUCAGAAACAUUUUCAGCCUCUAGAAAAAUUCUAUAAGUUUGAAGGUUUUGAAGAAGUUUUGCAAUAAAGAGAGUAUCAUAUAAGAUUUUAGAACCCACAAAAAAACUUUCAGCCUCAUUCACCACACUUUCCGACUCCGGGAAGCCUUUCAGUAGGUGCGGAAAAUGUCGAAGAUACAUGAAGCUCAUCCAGACGAUGCCCCAACGGCUUUUCUGUUCCACUUGUCAAGUUUGAUGAUUUUCAAAAGAAAAUCUUCAAAAAUACAUUUGUAGGACACCUAUUCAGUUCCGAACUCACGUGAUGGCUCUUUAAGGGUUUUGGGUGAUUUGAAAUGUCCCUUGGAUGAUUUUGACCUCGUUUUUUGGCAGGUAAGGUUAAAAAAUGUUUUAGGUAUGCGGGUAGAAUAAAUAUUUGGAUUUUCAUAAAGUCCUUGGAAUUUUUUUUGAGAACCCCUCUCCCCUCUAAGUUUCAAGUUUUAGCUCUUUCAGAUUCCCCCAGAUUCCAAGCUUCAGCUCUUUGAGAUCCCCCUCUCCGGAUUCCAAGCUGUAGUUUUUUUAAGAACCCCUCCCCUUUUUCCUCUAAGUCAUAACCCCUGAGGUUUUUUUCUUAAAUGUCUUCUUGAAAUUUUGCCAGAUUGAAGGUUGUUGAGAACGCCUCCCCCUUCAAUUUUUGAGCUUUAGGUCUGAAAUCGAUUUAAAUGAACCUGAACUGCUCCUUAAAUCUUUCUUCAAAUUCAAGCUGAUCAAAAAUAAAUUUUUCAAGGGACCUGGCGGGAAAUUAUCGAGAAGCUACCCGUUGUGCCCGUACUGCUACAAUAAUCCGCCCUUUGAGAAGAUGAAACAGGCUUCCGGAUGUGAUAAUUGCCCACAUCCGUCUUGUCCCAACUCUUUUUCGUUAGUCCAUUUUGUAAUUUCCAAAAAAAAAAAUGGAAAUUUUUAGGAUGAUGGGCGUUUGCGGGUGCUUGCAGGACUGUGGAGGUUUAAAAUUUGUCAAAAAAAGUUCUAUCAUCAUUUUUCAUCAGGUGUUAUGGUUCUUGACCCUCAAUCGCAUCCGAAAUGGCGAUUGGCUUGCAAUAAAUGCGCCUCUGUCGUCGGUCUAUUUGAAGGGGCCCUUAAAGUGAAAGUCAGCUCGGAGGCAUCUUGCUCCGAAUGCGGGGCUCAACACGUCAAAGCCGAGUACAAGGUGAUUUCGGGGAAUCCAGGAAAAUAUUAUAAGUGAAGUAGUUUUUGCUCAACUUUUUUCAAGGCCAUUGGAUAGUUCUCAUCGAAAGCCAUUCCAAAUGCGGUCCUUGCCGGUUGAGAGUUCAAUUUUCUGUGACUUUUAGAGUUUUUAAGACACAUUUUUAAUAGUUUCGAUUUGUGCAAAAGCUUUCAAGUUUUGAAAAAUCAAGGAUUAUCUGCAAUUUUUUUAGAGUAAGCCAUUCCAAAUGCGGUCAUUCCGACUUAGAGUUCGAAAUUCUGUAAAAUUUCGAUAACUUUUCCUAAUUUUAGAGUUUUGGCACACACUUUCAAUAGUUUAGAUUCGUCCAAACACUUAAAUUUUGAGAAUAAUAGGAAGCUUUUCUGAAUUUUCUCCAAGUAAGCCAUUCCAAAUGCGGCCUUUCUGGCUGGAAGUUUGCAUUUUUUUUUCGAUACUAGACACACUUUUCGAAAAGAUCCAAUAAGUCGGAGCUACCUGAUUUUUAAAAAAAGUGGUUCUGGAGCAACUUUCAAAAAGACAAAGAAACUUGGGUAAUUUUGUUAAGAACAGUCAUUCCAAAUGCGACCAUUCAUAUCGAAAUUUCUGCUUUUAGAGCUUCUGAGACCAAUUUUUCGAUUUUUUCGGAGGUAUCAGUAAAAAAUAAGUGAAAAAUUGACUGAUUUUCGGAAUUUUUUUAGAAUGAGCCAUUCCAAAUGCGACCAUUCCUCUCGAAUUUUUCGUUUUUAGAGUUUUAAGACCUAUUUUCAAUAGUUUUGAUUGGUCCAAAGCCAUCAGAUAGCCAUCUUUUUGAAAAAAUACAGCUGUUUGGAUUUUUCUUAUGAUUAAGCCAUUCCAAAUGCGGGCUUUCCGGUUGAAAAAUUCGAAUUUUUUUGUGAUACUAGAAAAAAACUUUCAAAGUAUUCCAAUAUAUCCAAAGCUAUGUGAUUUUAAAAAAAUUCAAAAAAAUCUAAAAGCUUCCCAAAAAUUCCCUUCAAAAAAGCCAUUCCAAAUGCGGUCAUCUUGUCUUUUCCAGCCCGGCCAAGGAAAAAACCCCCUGAAUGGCGACUUGAACUACGAGGGCUGUUUAUUCUGCGACGCAGCCAAGAAAUUCCCAGAAGCCGUCAACCUGAAUCACGCCUACCUCUCCGAAGAGGUCCGACAGCAGAGGACCUUCGAGGCGGCAAGGGGCGGACGAAGAGGCCGGGGAAGGGGUCGCGGAAGGGGUCGUGGGAGGGGUCGAUGAAGGGAUUUUAUGAUUUUCAGUUGAUUCCGUGAUUUUUCGGCAAUUUUUAGGAGUUUUAAGUGGAAAAAAGUGAUUUUGAGACGAUUUUUAGGGGUUUGAAGUAGAAAAAAAAUGACUUUGGAAGAUUUGAAUUGAAUUUUUCAGCAUUUUGAGGAUUUUAUAAGAAUUUUGGAAUGACUCAAGUACCUUACAGUUUCAAAGAGUGUACAUUUUCAAAAAUAAAAGUUUUUUUGAGUUGAUUCGUAUUGAACAUGAAGAGCUUGGAAUUUUUUUUGUGGAUUUUUUUGAAGAUUUUUUUGAGCUUCAAGGCUAUUUUUUUCAUGGCUUUUUAGAAUAUUUUAAAGAUUUCUGAAAAAUCUCUAAAGAGGAUUUUUUUGAAAAACUAGUUGAUGCGCAGUAAAUUUUAGUUUGAAAAUUGAGAUUUUUCGAGGCUUUUCCGAAAAAAAAAAAUCGAAAUUUAAUAUUUUGGUGGUUUUCAAAAAGUAUCACGAAAGGAUUUUUAAUUAUUAGUUGAUGCGCAGUGAAAUUUUAUUGAAAAACAUAGAAGAUUUGAGAUUUUCAAAGCGACCUUUUCGAAUAAAAACUGAAGAUAUUGCUAAAUAUGAGAUUUUUUUCAAAACUUUAAAUUUUUUUAUCGGUUUUUUUAGAGCUUUCUUCAUUUAUUUUAAAAAUAAUCCUUUUUCAAUUUCUUUUUUUCUGAAAUUCAAUAAAUUUCUGACAUAAUUUGUUAUUCGACGAUGCGUGUAAUUUUGUAGUUUCUUGUUGUUUUGUUAUAUUUUAUUAAUAAAUAAGUUUUCUUUUUUUCCGGAUUUUUAUAUACUUUCAAAGCUUUUUCUCAGCUCAUUUCGUACCUUUUUUUCGCAUUUCGUAAAAUGUUUCAUAGUUUUUUUGUUGAUAAAUGCCACCAAAAAAGGCGGCGCCAAAAAAGCAGCGGCUGCGGAAAGGAAGAAGGAACGAAAAAAAGGAGGCCAAAGGGGGCACGGCGGUGAAAGUUCGGCAUAUUCUCUGUGAAAAAAACAGGUUAUUUUAUCAUUUUUUUCAUGAUAAAAAAAGCUUCAGAAUGAUAGUAAACAAUGAGAAAAAUAAAGUUGAGGUGAAAUACAGGAAGAAUCUUUUGAAAUAUCGAUUUUUAAAAAAACUUUCUAUCUAUUUUUUUCCUUCCUUCCUGUGUAAGAUUUUUGAAAUUUGAAGGUUUUUUGAGGAUUUUUCAGCGGAAAAAGUUUGAUUUUUAUCACUUUUGAAGUUUCGGAGGAGACUUUUCAAUUCCUUCAUAUUCUUAAAAGGCACCUGGAGUAUUUAAAUAUUUUUUUUUUCAUUUCCAAGAGUUUUUUCUGCAAAAAUUUGUUGUUACUAAUUUUUCUUUUUUAUUUCGUUGUUUUUUUUCGAAUCUGAAACUCAUUCUGAAGCUUAUUAUCUGAGAAAAAUUCGAAAAACGUUUUAAGCGAGUUUUUUACUAUACUUCUCCUACAUAGAAGGGACAUUUUUAAUUUAAUUUUUUUUUUUACUUUUUAACAUUUUCAAAUUUAUAUGAACUUCCAUUCAAGAAAAAUGACAAUCCAGACGUUUUAUCGAGUUUAUAGGUUUAGCUACUGCAACUCAAAAUUUUAAGAAAAGAAUAAUGAAACAAAUAAUUAUUAAUUCAUAAAGGUAUGUUCAAAAAUUCUUCAUGUGCAGUUUAAAGGAGCGAACUUUGAAGCAUAUUUCGAGAUGAAGAGCUUUUUUCAGUGUUAUUUGAGGUUUUGCAAGACGUCUGCACUUACCUUUUUGAGGAUUGAAAAACAAUUUUUAUACGUUCCAAGAGCUCAAUUCCAUUGUUUUCCACCUCAAAACGGACGAAGUUUCUAGGGAAAAGCUCUGGAAGCGAUAGAAAAGUUGAAAUCGGGCAUGAAGUUCAACGAGGUGGCGGCGCAGUACAGUGAAGACAAGGCAAGAUCCGGGGUUCGUUUUCUUUAGCCUUCAGAGCAGAUUCUCUGCUAUAGCUGAUUCACGGUUAGCUUGGGACUUUAAGGGGCGUGGCCUGUCUGCGCUCUCCGCGAGCCAAACAAUAUCUCGUGCAUUAUCGUGUCAGGACCCUUUUUUCGAUGACUCAAGUCAGCCGUGAAUCAGCUAUAAAUCAAGGAAAAAUUGAAGAGUUUUUCGUCGGAUCGUGAAACUGUCGUUGAUCAAAAACGGCGUUUGGAGCAUGGAGCAUUUCUUUAUUGAAGUAGUGUUAAUAGGCUAACCUAAUAGUAAUCAUAAGAAAAAUCAAUCAAUCAUCAUCAAUUUCAGGGCGACUUGGGCUGGAUGACCCGCGGCAGCAUGGUUGGACCUUUUCAAGACGCCGCCUUCGCCUUGAGCAACAGUUCCUGUGAUAAACCAAUCUAUACCGAUCCGCCAGUCAAAACCAAAUUCGGCUAUCAUGUCAUUAUGGUCGAGGGGAAGAAAUAAAAUCGAUUGUUGAUUUUGUUAUUUUUUUCAUUUUCCAUAAAUAUUCCCAUUUUUAACUUUACGUCGCGUGAAAAAUGGUUUGUACCAACUCUAACUCGAUCGCCGUGAUAUAUGGUAUAUUUUUUGUAAUACUUGAUCUUAAUGCAAAUUUCGCUUCGAGGCAUGUGCUUUUCGAAUUUUUCCAAGGACGGAUUCGAAAAAGUGUGAAAAGUGCAAAGAAGAACUGUGUUUUUUGGGUACUGUAUAUUUCUCGACUGCGAACACCGCGUCAUUGCAGACCGUGCAUUUCAUUUUACGCGCCGCUCUUGUAAAUUUACGAGAAUUUCAUGGAGUUUUCCACCGUAAAAUUUUUUUUAGAACUGUUUGCUGAUAUUUUUUAUAUUUUUUUGUGAUCCUUAUCAGCAUCAGACUUGCUAUUUUGAACCUUUUUCUGUUAAAAUUGGACUCGAAAAGCACCCUUUCGAAAGAACCUUCUAUUGUAUAUAAACUAGAAUUAUUUGAAAUCGAUCUAUUUUUCAUUCUGAAUCUCGAAAUUUUUAUUUUGCGAUGAAAAAAAUUUGAAAAAAAGUACACUAAGAAUAACUGACGAGAUAAAUGCGAGCUCGGUGGCGGUACAUUGACUAACUCGCAAUAAUGUCGCUUUUUUCUAGGCGCGAUCCCGCAUUUAUCUCGGCGCGACCUCGCAUUUUUCUCGGCGCCAUCUCGCAUUUAUCUUGCAUUUCGGAAAUUUUCAAAUUGCGAGAGAAAUGCGAGCUCGCGCCUAGAAAAAUGCGAGCUCGCGCCCAAACAAAUGCGAAACCGGCGCGAGAAAAAAUGCGAGAUGUUUGCGAGCUCGUCAAUGUACCGCCAGUGUCUCGCGUUUAUCUCGGCAGUUAUUCUUAGUGUAAACGCGCCUUUUGUUCUCUUUUUGCAGAUAAACCGUGCACUUUGUGCGUUGCUCGCCACGCCCAUAUGUUUUUUUUUCAAAAAAAUUUAUUUUGUUGUUUACUUCAAUUUUUACAGUGUUUCUGGGUGUUUUUUGUGCUUUAUUACUAAUUGGUGUGAAGCCAGCUUAAUUGGAAUGUUCUUCCGGAAUAUAUUUUUGUCGAAAGUGGUUUUAAAAUCGCGUUGAAUUGUAAAAGCGAUUUUUUUUAUUUUGGAAAUAGUUUACUUUGUUUUCGUCGCCAAUAUAUCGAUUUUGAGGCUUCGAAUCAUUACCUGUACAAAGUAGCGAGGUUUUGAGUGUAAAUUCGCAACUGUUAAAUACAAUUUCAAUGAGUCAUCGGGAGGCGGUGUUACGAAAGUUGGCUGACGUUUUCAUUAUUUUUUUAUCUUCAUAAAAAGCUUUUUUUGGAGAUUUAUUAAGACGUUCUAAAUCAUCAACCGAAGCUAAAAUAUUUCAAAUUUCUUGUUUUUUUGUUUCUUCAAAAAAACGUUUUUUUCAUGUAUAGAAAGUUUUAAAUUUUCCUAGUUUUUCACGGCCUUUUUCAUGAUAGUUUGUUCAGUUCCAUCAAAAGCUGAGUAAAAAAAUUUUUGAUCAUAUAAAAAAGAUCUAAUAUAUGAUUAUUCUACUAUCCAAACCUUCGUUUUUUGUGCUUUUUUGUUCAGAAGACUUAUUGGUUGAACUUUUUGAUCCUAAUAUCCAUUACAGAAACAUGGAUUUCUUGUUCGGCCGUCGGAAAACGCCAGCAGAAAUGCUGAGGCAGAAUCAAAGGGCUUUGAAUAAGGCGAUUCGCGAAUUAGAUCGUGAAAAGCAAAGGAUGGAAAUGCAGGAAAAGAAAGUGAUUGCCGAGAUCAAGAAUAUGGCCAAGAAGAAUCAAAUGGUAAAGAUUUAGAUUCAAUUUUGAAGCUCUAUUUUUUUGUCUAUGAUAAAUAAAUGCGUUAAAGAUUCAUAAAACGUUUCAAAAAUAAAAAGAUGUCGGAAAUUAAUAAAUAAAGUUUUUUUGGUGUUUUAAUUCGAUGUAUUUUGAUAUGAAGCUUGUUUCAAGGUCCCGUAUGCUUUUGGACAUAAUUUUGUAGCUGUUCUUUGAAAAAUAUGUUUUUUAUGUCAUUUUUAGCGUCGUUUAGAAAAAUAUUGUACCUUUGGAUCAAUAGUAAAAGUUUUUCUUCCUUCUGUAUUUUAAUAAUAUUCAAUUUUUCUCAGGACUCUGUAAAAAAAUCAUGGCCAAGGAUUUGGUCAGAACACGACGUUAUAUCAAGAAGUUCAUCGUCAUGAAGGCCAAUAUUCAGGUUUCAUAAUAAUUUCUAUACUUUUUGAAGGAAUAAAUUAAUUUUCAGGCGGUUUCACUCAAGGUCCAGACGUUGAAAAGUCAAGAGGCGAUGGCUUCGGUUGGUUUUUCGGAAAAAAAUGUCUAAUUUUGGGAUUCAGGCAAUGAAAGGUGUGACAAAGGCGAUGCAGUCGAUGAACCGACAAAUGAAUUUGCCGCAAAUUCAGAAGAUCAUGAUGGAGGUGAAGAUUAUUAUUUUUUUCUUGAAUUUUUGUUUCCCUGAAGUGGUGAGAUGUCCGUCCUUUCAGCCUAUAACUAAUAAAAAAAACCCAAAAAUCGUGAAAAUCUUGUAUUUGUCAGAAAAUUCAAACUGUAUACAGUCUGUACAGAUUUUAAAUAUCAAGCUCCGCCUUCACGGCUAUAAUACCUUUCGAGUUAAUUUUUUAUCCCGCGUGACGAUGGUCCUUUAAUAGCGCUCCAUUUUUGACGUCUUUUGUACCUUUUUUCAUAAGAAAUUCAUUUUUCAAACGUCUUUUUGAAUCGCCAAACUUAUUAAUCACCAUUUUUCGUUCAAGGAAUGUUCAGUUUUCCGAAAAAUAUUCACUUAAUUGAAGAUUUUUUUUUUUUCUGAGCUUGAAUAAUUGUUGGAUAACUGAAAAAUCAUCACUUUUUCAAGGAACAUUCAAUUUUUCAAAAAAAAUUCACUUUGAAGACGUUACUCUGGGCUCAAAUAAGGAAUAAUUUUUAACUCACCAUUUUUUCAAGGAUCAUUUGAUUUUUUUCUUAAAAUUUUUCACACUUUGAAGACGUUAUUCUAAGCUCAAAUAACUGUCCCAAAAAUCAUGAAUCACCAAUUUUUCAAGAAUUCAAUUUUUUUCUCAAAAAUUCUCAUUUUGAAGACGUUGUGUUUUGAGCUCAAAUAAUUGUUCCAAAAACUCAUAAAUCGCCAUUUAUCGUUCAAAGGUUGUUUAGUUUUCCGAAAAAUAUUCACUUCUUUGAAGAUUUUUUUCAAGAAUCAUUCAAUUUUUGCUCAAAUCUCUCACUUUCAAGACGUUUUUUUCCUAGCUCAAAUAAUUGCCCAGUAACUAAUAAAUCACCAUUUUCUGUUCAAGGACUGUUUAAUUUUACGAAAAUAAUUAUAUUCCUUGAAUAUUCGCUUUUUGAGUUCAAAUGAUUGUCAAGUAACUAAUAAAUCUCCUUUUUUUUCAAGAAUCAUUCAAUUUUGCUCGAAUCUCUCACUUUCAAGACGUUUUUCCUAACUCAAAAAGUCAAGUGAUCGCAAUUUCGCGUUGCAGUUCGAAAAGCAAAGCGAGAUAAUGGACAUGAAGGAGGAAAUAAUGGGCGACGCGAUCGACGACGCCCUGGGCGAUGAGACGGACGACGCCGAGAGCGAGCAGGUCGUCAACCAGGUGAGAAUCAAUCAAUCAAUAUAUCGACUUUAUCCAUUGUUUGCCUUCUCCAGGUGCUCGACGAGCUCGGCAUCCAGUUGGGGGAGGAGAUGGCGGGACUUCCGACGGCGGGCGGAUCGAUAGGCGUCGCCGGCGGUGAGAGAGCUGGACGACAGGCCGUGGCAGCAGGUGGAGGUGGAGCUGGAGGAGCUGUUGGAGGCUCAGCUGGACCCUCGGGCAAUGAUAUCGACGAUGAUCUGCAGGUAAACGAAGACCAUAAGUGAAAAAUUGAAUUUUCACGGGAAACUUUAUCCAGCCACCGUUUCUCUUUCUAAAGGAAAUUGGGCUGAAGAGUACCUAUUCAUGCCCAAAAAAAACCUCGUGAUAGAUCCUGUUUUCGAGUGAUAAAAUUUCAAAAGCUGGAAUUUUGGUCGAUUUUGCGAAUUUUAAAGUGUUAAAAAUUCUAUAGUUGUCACUUGACACGAAGACCUAUUACGAGAAUUUUUUUUGUACUGAAAUCCGGAGCUCUUGAAGUACACUUUAUCAAAAUUUCAACCUGAGCUAGAAAAAAGUUCCCUUGUCCUUCCUCGGUAGAACUCUAAAGUGGUCCCUUGAGUAUAAAUUCAAUCUCUUGCCUUCUCCUACCCCCUAAGUGUUCACUUAAGGCUAAAUAAGCAUUUUGAAAGUUUUCUUGAUAAUCAGUGAUAGUAUGAAUUUCAUACUAUGAAAUAGUAUAAUGAUUAGUUUAACUAUUAUAAAUACUUCAAAGGGGCACUUAAGUGAAGGUUCUGGAAUUAUCUAUCUUGCAUUCAAGUGGCAACUACAGUGUUCAUAACUCUUUUGAAAAUCGCAAUUUUUUUACUUUUGAAUAGAAAUACGUAUAUAAAAUCGAGUGACCGCUUCAAGUACUCCCUUCAGGGUUUUUUUUUUCCUAUUUUCAAGCGAAAGCUUUCAAUUGGUUUUUCACAAGGCCAACUUCAAUUUAUCACCCUAGUUUUUUUUAAUAAUUCGAUGGAAGCGCAAAAAUUGGUCCAUUUCGAAUGGCCACUCAAGUACCUUUUUUAUUCUUAAAUGAGAAGGCUGCUAAGUGGUCCCUUAAGAGGCCAGAUCCAAGCAUUCAUUAAAGGGUUUUAUUCUCAAAAUUACCUUUUCAAAAUCUUCAGGCACGCCUCGAUCAGCUGCGACGGGAAUGA